AUGGCGGCGGCCGUCGUCCGCGCCCCCAGCGACCACGACCUCAUCACGUUCGUCCUGCGCCCGAUGGCGGCCGCCGGGACCGGGCAGCAGGGCGUCGGCGUCGGCGGGUUCGUCCACAUGGCCGACGUCUACUCCGUCGCGCCCGAGAAGCUCGCCGAGCGGUACGCGCCCGCGCCGGGCACCGGCGGGAUCUGGUACUUCGUCUGCCCCGCGCGCUGCCGCUACCGGGCCGCCAAGGCCGGCGCUCUAGGUGAGGGGUGCUGGACCUCGGAGACAGGCGGCGCGAUCGGCCCCGUCAGGGGGCUCGACGGCCGCCGCGUCGGGCAGUCGCGCGCGCUGUGCUACGGGGCCAGGACGGCGGUGCCGUGGACCGCGGUCACCAGGCACGGCUGGUGCAUGGUGGAGCUCGCGCUCGACGACCAAGACGGCGGCGGGGGAGGGGAAGAUUUCGUCCUGUGCAAGCUGUUCAGAUCGCCUCGCAACGAGGCGUCGUCCGCCACGGCGGCGGCGGCAGCGUUGGCUGCCGUGCCGGCGCUCGUGUCCAGCUGCAAGAGGAAGGCGGCUGGCGGCAACCACCCGGAGGCUCCACCCUGCGUGCGGCAGCAACUGAUGCAGCGUUCAUUCUGA